GUGGCGAUGAACCGAGCUCAGGUGUGUUUAAUAUCCAGUUCCAAGUCCGGAGAGAGGCACCUCUAUCUUAUUAAAGUGUCGAGGGAUAAGAUCUCAGACAGCGAUGACCAAGAAACGACCAACUGCGAUGCUAAAGCAAUCUUUAUGGUGCUGACCAGCGUGCUGCCGAAGGACGACUGGUGGAAUCUCCUCCUGAAGGCCAUCUACGCACUCUGCGACCUCGCUCGCUACAAGGAGGCGGAGCUCCUCGUGGACUCCUCCCUGGAGUACUAUUCCUUCUACGACGACCGGCAGAAGCGCAAGGAACUGGAGUACUUUGGCCUCUCGGCGGCGAUCCUGGACAAGAAUUUUCGAAAAGCGUAUAACUACAUCAGGAUCAUGGUCAUGGAGCACGUCAGCAAACCUCAGCUCUGGAAUAUCUUCAACCAAAUCACCAUGCACUCGCAGGACGUCCGGCACCAUCGCUUCUGCCUGCGGCUGAUGCUGAAAAACCCUGAGAACCAUGCGCUUUGCGUCUUAAACGGCCACAAUGCUUUCGUUUCCGGCAGUUUCAAGCACGCUCUCGGGCAAUACGUACAAGCUUUCCGCACUAAUCCAGAGGAGCCCCUCUACAGCCUCUGCAUAGGGCUCACUUUCAUCCACAUGGCGUCUCAGAAGUACGUGUUGAAGAGGCAUGCGCUCAUAGUCCAGGGCUUCUCCUUCCUUCACCGCUACCUGCAGCUCCGUGGCUCGUGCCAAGAAUCUCUGUACAAUUUAGGCCGCGGUCUUCACCAGCUCGGAUUGGUCCAUCUGGCCAUUCACUACUACCAGAAGGCCCUGGAGCUUCCCCCGCUGGUCUUGGAG